AAGCCCAGCUGAGGCGCAUUUCGCCGCCCUUUGGGACGCCAGUUCUCAUCACCAUGACUUUUGAGUCGACUCAAAAGUCACCGCGGGUUCUCAUCACCCGUUCUUCUCGCCCGUUCCACCCUCUGCCUGAUAAGCCCAGGCGCAUCUCGCCGCACUUUGUGCCGCGGAUUCUCAUCAACAUGGCCGCAGGGCACAUCAGCAUUCGCCACCGCCUCAAGGGCCCCAAUCAUGCCUCAGUGACAGCAUGUGCCUCGUCAGCGCAUGCCAUCGCAGACGCCUUCCGAUUGGUCCGCUGUGGGGCUGCUGACGUCAUCGUGGCGGGCGGCACAGAGGCGUGCGUCGACGCGCUUUCCCUCGCUGGCUUCUCACGGUGGGUGGCGGGGGCAGAGGAGUGUUGGGGGGUGGGCCAUGGGUGGAUGGUGGGAGGUGGGACGGCCAUCGUGGCGGGCGGCACAGAGGCGUGCAUUGAUGCGCUUUCCCUCGCUGGCUUCUCCCAGUGGGUAAUGUGCCUUGCGGGAUGUAUGGUGGGCAUGGGGGGGACAGCUGCUGACGUCAUCGUGGCGGGUGGCACAGAGGCCUGCAUCGACGCCCUCUCCCUCGCUGGCUUCUCACGAAUGGCAGAGGGAGCAGGCGUGUUGGUGCUUGAGGACCUAGACCAUGCGGUGCAGCGCGGUGCAAAGGUGUACGCAGAGGUUCGAGGAGCCGGCAGUUCAGCAGACGCCUUUCACAUCACACAGCCGUCUCCCCUGGCCACUGGUGCAGUUCUGUGCAUGCGAGCUGCUCUCAAGGAGGCUGGUCUGCAACCAUCCGAUAUAGGGUACCUCAAUGCCCAUGCCACCUCCACUCCCCUUGGCGAUGAGAUAGAAGCUCUGGCCCUCAAGGCUGUCUUCGACCAGCACUUGCUCUCAGGAGACCUCUCUUUUAACCCUCGCGAUGAGAUAGAAGCACUGGCGCUAAAGGCUGUAUUUGACCAGCAUGUGCUCUCAGGAGACCUUUCUUUCUCCUCCAGCAAGGGAGCGAUGGGUCAUCUGUUGGGAGCUGCAGGGGCAGUGGAGGCAGCUGUUGCUGUGAUGGCUCUGCACCAUGGCGUCGUGCCGCCUAAUGUCAACCUCGUCAACCCAGAUCCUGUCUUCCAAGGAAGCUUCCUGCCGACGGCAGCAGCAGCAUCAAAGCCCAUGAGGGCUGUUAUGAGCAACUCGUUUGGCUUCGGAGGGACAAAUGCCUCACUGCACUCGCUUCUACUCUGCUCAGCACCAGUGGCAGAGAAAGCAGCAGCACCGCCACAAGCGGUGGCAGCACCACCAAAGCCCAUGAGAGCUGUCAUUGUCAAAUCAUCCAUGAUUCUCCCAGCGCACACCCAACAAUCCCCCCACACUCACCCCUCUUUCCCCCCACGCUCACCCCUCUUUCCCCUCACGCUCACCCCUCUUUCCCCUCACGCUCACCCCUCUUUCCCCUCACGCUCACCCCUCUUUCCCCUCACGCUCACCCCUCUUUCCCCUCACGCUCACCCCUCUUUCCCCUCACGCUCACCCCUCUUUCCCCUCACGCUCACCCCUCUUUCCCCUAAUGCUCACCCCUCUUUCUCCUCACGCUCACCCCUCUUUCCCCUCAAGCUCACCCCUCUUUCCCCCCACGCUCACCCCUCUUUCCCCCCACGCUCACCCCCUCUUUCCCCCCAUGCUCACCCCCUCUUUCCCCCCACGCUCACCCCUCUUUCCCCGAGGAUCUCACCCAUAAUUCCCCCUUGCCCAUCACUCAUCAUUCCUUUGACCCAUGCAUUACUCUCCCAGCGCUCACCCAAGAGAUCCCCGCACUCUCUUUUGAGGCGACUCAGGAGUCGCCCAUAA